AGAGCGGCUACCUGAAUGGGGAGGGGGGCAGACAGCGCGGAGCGCGGUGGCGUCGACGUCUGGUGUCUCCGUGCGCCCGUCUGUGGCUCGGCAGCCCGCAGCCAGGCAGCAGCUCGCAACCUGCGGCCAGGCGACCGACCAUGCUGAACUUCGGCGCUUCUCUCCAGCAAGCUUCGGAGGAGAAGAUGGAGAUGAUCUCUGAAAAGCUGAAAGAGAGUGUGUACUCGUGGAACAAGACGGAGAAGAGUGACUUUGAGGCCGUGGAAGCGCUUAUGUCCAUGAGUUGUGACUGGAAGUCUGGGUUCAAGAGAUACCUGGAGCACAGGCCUGUCACUCCGGUGUCGGACACCUCAGAGGAAGAGAGCUUGCUUCCGGGGACACCUGACCUUCACACAAUCCCAGCCUUUUGUUUGACUCCGCCUUACAGCCCCUCAGACUUUGAACCCUCUCAAGCGUCAACUCUGGUGGCACCAGCGCCAUCUACUGGCCACUUCAAAUCAUUCUCUGAUGCCACCAAGGCUCCCGCUGUGGCUCCUUUCAAAGAGGAGGAAAAGGGUGCUGUGGCUGCCCCUCCCCUCCCUAAGGCGCAGGCCACAAGUGUCAUCCGUCACACAGCCGAUGCCCAGCUCUGUAACCACCGAUCCUGCCCUGUGAAGGCAGCUAGCGUCCUCAACUAUCAGGACAAUUCUUUCCGAAGAAGAACCCACCUAAACGCCGAGGCUUCCAGAAAGAACAUACCCUGUGCUGCCGUGUCACCAAACAGAUCCAAGUGUGAGCAGAACGCCGCCGCCGCCGCCGCCACCACCACCGCCGCGGCAGACGGUGACGACAAGGCAGGGGCUGCGCUGUAUGACCUUGCUGUGCCUUCCUCAGAGACAGUCAUUUGUCGGUCGCAGCCAGCUCCUGCGUCCCCGGUGCAGAAGUCAGUCUUGGUCUCUUCACCUACGGUACCCACCGGGGCAGUGCCCCCGAUGCCUGUCAUCUGCCAGAUGGUUCCCCUUCCUGCAAACAACUCUCUUGUGACCACAGUUGUCCCCAGCACUCCACCCAGCCAGCCCCCGGCCGUGUGCCCACCUGUGUUGUUCAUGGGCACCCAGGUGCCCAAGGGCACCGUGAUGUUCGUCGUUCCCCAGCCUGUUGUGCAGAGCCCCAAGCCUCCGGUGGUAAGCCCCAAUGGCACCAGACUGUCUCCCAUCGCCCCUGCGCCCGGAUUCUCCCCUUCAGCCGCAAGAGUCACUCCCCAGACCGAUUCAUCCAGAGUGAGGAGUCAUGUCUGUAGCCAUCCAGGGUGUGGCAAGACUUACUUUAAAAGUUCCCAUCUGAAGGCCCACGUAAGAACACACACAGGGGAAAAGCCUUUCAGCUGCAGUUGGAAAGGCUGUGAGAGGAGGUUUGCUCGCUCCGAUGAACUGUCCAGACACCGGCGAACCCACACAGGCGAGAAGAAAUUUGCCUGUCCUAUGUGUGACCGUCGGUUCAUGAGGAGUGACCAUUUGACCAAGCAUGCCCGGCGCCACCUAUCAGCCAAGAAGCUCCCAAACUGGCAGAUGGAAGUGAGCAAGUUAAAUGACAUUACUCUGCCUCCGACUGCCGCUUCUGCACAGUGACAGGUCGGCCACAAGAUGAAGAACCAGAACUAACUUUGGUCAGUCAGGAGCCAGCGAUGGGGUCAAAGUGCUUCUGCAAGUCUGGGGCCCUCCAGCAGGGGCUAAAGCAGAAGCCCCCUGGCCUGAGGGGAAGGCCAGCCCGGGUUAGAGCACAAGUGCUCGGCCACAGGCAGGUCAGGAAGGGCAAGUUUCAUUUCCCACCACAUAGAGAUGAGAAAGCUUUAUUCUUUGAAUAGUCUUGAAGGUUUCCGAUGAGGUCAGCACAGAUUUGAAUCUUGUCUACGUGGGGUACUUCGUUUUUGCAGUUUUACUUGAGGCCAGCUCUGCAGUGUGAUUCUUCUAAAGCAUUGGUUUCAAGAAUCUAGAGGCUAGAAAUUCCGGUACAGAGAUGGAGCUAGAACGCAAGUUUGUGUCCACAGAGGUGACAUCUUCUCCUAGAGUUAUCUUGUUUAUUAUUCCUCGUCUUUCCAGUCAGCUUCGUGGAUGUAGUUCUUAAGGAUAUCUAAACUAUCAUCUCUCCACUAUUGCUGGUAUUUAAAGUUGAACAGCUGUACACUGUAAAGGGGGCCAAAGGAUUGGAUCCCUCUUUAACUUAAUUGCUUGGAAGUGCAGCUAAAACAAAUUGGUUUGCAUUUUUGUUGUGAAAGUUUUAACAACAACAUUUAGGCUUUUACUCUACUUUGGAUUUUAGUUUGCCUGCAGCUUCUUGUGUAGAUUUGAAAAUUGUAUGCCAAUGUUUUUUUCUGUAGACUUAAGAUACACUGCACUUUGUUUAGAAAACAAUCUGAAGAUAAAAAUAUGUAUUGUACAGAAGGAUGUCAAAAAUUUGAGAUAACUCCUUGAGGAAGAUGGCUUUAUGUCAUCAGUAAAGGAUGCUUAUGUCAAAGAUACACUGUGUGCUUUUUCAAAUUAGGAAGUUGAUGAUUCUUACAGAUGGACAGUGGUCCUCUUUAUUUAUAGGAGUUUUUCAGAAUGUGGGAGUUAGAUAGGUAGAAAAAUUGUUCUUAGAACAUUCACCUCCAACUUGAAAGCAGUGUUCACGAUGCAGUUCCGUUCUCAACCACCACAGUGUUUGGGCACCUUCGAAACUCACUGAGACAGUGUCACAACGUGGUCACACCUGCAGCCCUGGGGAUCAGAUCCGGGCCUUGCCUGUGUUCUGCAGGAGCUCUACCACCGAGCUGCACCCCCAGCCUAGAAAUUUCUGUUCUGUUGUAAAGUGGAUAAUACACUCGGUAGCAAAGGUGAAUUGUUCCAACUAUAUAGUGAAAAGCUAUCACUAUAUCACUAUACCUUCCCAUUUAAACUGUUUCUGGAUCUUGGGUUUGGGUUUCUGACAUGCAAACUUGAACCCUUGAAAAAGAUUUUUCUUAAAAAAGUUAUAAAGAAUUAUGAGUUCCAAUUUGCACAAUACUUUUUGUUGUACUUUAUACCUUGUUUACAAUAAAGAGUUUCCUUUGGUA